UUGUCAUGUGGAUUGGAGAAGAAUGAGAAUGAGAUAAAUUAUAUUCAGUCAAGUAAGUGUGGAGAACAAAAGCUUGGGUAUAGUUCUGUAAGCUCAGGAAACAGUAAGAUACAAAGUCAUGUAUGUGGUUUCAGCAAUUCUAGUGGAUGUUGCAGACCAAAAAAUGCUUCAAGUUCUUGUCAGGCAAGUAGAUCACAGGGGCAAGGAAAUCAGUCUUGUUGUACCCAGUCAAACUGUCAAUCAGGAACUAGUGGAGGACAAGGAUAUGGAUGUGUCUCAGAAAGUCACUCCUCUAGAUGCUGUCAUCCUAAACCUAGAUCCUGUAGCCAGUCUUCUAGUCAGAGAGGGUAUGGAUCUAAACAAUGUGGUCAACCACAGAACUGUGGAAGACAACAGAGAAUGGGUUCAGGUCACUCUUCUUCCUGUGGACAAUACGGGUCUGGAGCAACUCAAUAUUCUGGCUGUGGUCAACAGGGAAGGAGUUCCUGUGGACAUUCUUCAAGCUCUCAUCAAAAGGGGUGUAGUUCAAAUGAAUUUUCCAAAGGUGGUCAGCAUGGGUCUGGUUCAGGGCACUCAUCCUGCUGUGAACAACAUGGAACAAAGUCAAGUCAGUCCUCUGGCUUUAAACAACAUGGACAUGAAUCAGGUCAGUCUUGCUGUGGCCAACAUGGUACUGCAUCCGGUCAGUCCUCGGGUUAUAGUCAACAUGGGGUUGGCUCAGGUCAGUCAUGUCACGUUGGGCAGCAUGGCUCUGGUUCUGGUCAGUCAUCUAGCUCUGGGCAUCAUGGAUCUGGCUCAGGUCAGUCUUCCAGGUCUGAGCAGCAUGGGACUGGCUCAGGUCAGUCAUCUAGCUCUAGGCAUAACAGGUCAGGCUCGGGUCAAUCAUCUGGCCUUGGGGAGCAUGGGUCCGGUUCUCAUCAGUCUCCUAGUUCUGGGCAUCAUGGAUCUGGCUCACGCCAGUCAUCUAGGUCUGAGGAGCAUGGUGCUGGCUCAAGUCACUCUUCUAGCUAUGGCCAACAUGGGUCAGGCUCAGGUCAGUCAUCUGGCUCUGGCCAACACGGGUCAGGCUCAGGUCAGUCAUCUGGCUCUGGCCAACAUGGGUCAGGCUCAGGUCAGUCAUCUGGCUCUGGUCAACAUGGGUCAGGCUUUGGCCAACACGGGUCAGGCUCAGGUCAGUCAUCUGGCUCUGGUCAACAUGAGUCAGGCUCAGGUCAGUCAUCUGGCUCUGGCCAACACGGGUCAGGCUCAGGUCAGUCAUCUGGCUUUGGCCAACAUGGGUCAGGCUCAGGUCAGUCAUAUGGCUCUGGCCAACACAGGUCAGGCUCACGUCAGUCAUCUGGCUCUGGCCAACAUGGGUCAGGCUCAGGUCAGUCAUCUGGCUCUGGCCAACAUAAGUCAGGCUUUGGCCAACACAAGUCAGGCUCAGGUCAGUCAUCUGGCUCUGGUCAACAUGGGUCAGGCUUUGGCCAACACGAGUCAGGCUCAGGUCAGUCAUCGGGCUCUGGCCAACAUGGGUCAGGCUUUGGCCAACACGAGUCAGGCUCAGGUCAGUCAUCUGGCUCUGGCCAACACGGGUCAGGCUUUGGCCAACACGAGUCAGGCUCAGGUCAGUCAUCUGGCUCUGGCCAACACGGGUCAGGCUCAGGUCAGUCAUCUGGCUUUGGUCAACAUGGAUCAGGCUCAGGUCAGUCAUCUGGCUCUAGCCAACACAGAUCAGGCUCAGGUCAGUCAUCUGGCUUUGGCCAACAUGGGUCAGGCUUUGGCCAACACGAGUCAGGCUCAGGUCAGUCAUCUGGCUCUGGCCAACAUGGGUCAGGCUUUGGCCAACACGAGUCAGGCUCAGGUCAGUCAUCUGGCUUUGGCCAACACGGGUCAGGCUCAGGUCAGUCAUCUGGCUUUGGCCAACACGGAUCAGGCUCAGGUCAGUCAUCUGGCUCUGGCCAGCACAGGUCAGGCUCAGGUCAGUCAUCUGGCUUUGGCCAACACGGGUCAGGCUUUGGCCAACACGAGUCAGGCUCAGGCGAGUCAUCUGGCUCUGGCCAACAUGGGUCAGGCUUUGGCCAACACGGGUCAGGCUCAGGUCAGUCAUCUGGCUUUGGCCAACACGGGUCAGGCUCAGGUCAGUCAUCUGGCUUUGGCCAACACAGGUCAGGCUCAGGUCAGGCAUCUGGCUUUGGCCAACAUGGAUCAGGCUCAGGUCAGUCAUCUGGCUUUGGCCAAUACGGGUCAGGCUCAGGUCAGUCAUCUGGCUCUGGUCGACACGGGUCAGGCUCAGGUCAGUCAUCUGGCUUUGGCCAACACAGGUCAGGCUUUGGCCAACACGAGUCAGGCUCAGGUCAGUCAUCUGGAUUUGGCCAACAUGGGUCAGGCUCAGGUCAGUCAUCUGGCUUUGGCCAACAAGGGUCAGGCUCUGGUCAGUCAUCUGGCUUUGGCCAACAUGGGUCAGGCUCAGGUCAGUCAUCUGGAUUUGGCCAACAUGGGUCAGGCUCAGGUCAGUCAUCUGGCUUUGGCCAACAUGGGUCAGGCUCAGGUCAGUCAUCUGGCUUUGGCCAACAUGGGUCAGGCUCAGGUCAGUCAUCUGGCUUUGGCCAACAUGGGUCAGGCUCAGGUCAGUCAUCUGGCUUUGGCCAACAUGGGUCAGGCUCAGGUCAGUCAUCUGGCUCUGGUCAACAUGGGUCAGGCUUUGGCCAACACGGGUCAGGCUCAGGUCAGUCAUCUGGCUUUAGCCAACAUGGGUCAGGCUCAGGUCAGUCAUCUGGCUUUGGCCGACACGAGUCAGGCUCAGGUCAGUCAUCUGGCUUUGGGGAGCAUGAAUCUGGACCUGGUCAGUCAUCUAGUUCUGAGCAUCAUAGAUCUGGAUCUUGGCAGCAUUGGGGUGGGUCAGGACAGUCAACUGGUUUUGGGGAGCAUGGGUCCCGUUCUCAUCAGUUGCCUACUUCUGGUCAACAUGAAUCUAGCUCAAGUCAGCCUUCUGGAUUUGGGCAACAUGAGUCAGGUUCUCAUCAGUCAUCUAGUUCUGGCCAUCAUGAAUGUGGCUCAGGUCCAUCAUCUAGCUCUUGGCAGCAUGGGUCAGGUUCAAGUCAGUCAUCUGGCUAUGGAGAGCACAAGUCUGGUCCUCAUCAUUCUUCUAGUUCUUGGCAGCAUUGGUCUGGCUCAGGUGACGAGUCGCCGGGAUUUGGGGGUCAUGAGACUGGCCCUGGUUAUUCUUCUAGCUCUUGGCAGAAUGGGACUGGCUCAGGUCAGUCAUCUGGCUAUGGAGAGCAUGAGUCUGGACCUAGUCAUUCUUCGAGCUCUUGGCAGCAUUGGACUGGUUCACGGGAGAAUUCACAUACAUUUAGGGAUCAUGAGUGUGAAUGUAGAAAUCCUUGUAGCUCCUGGCAACAUGGGACUGGCAGAGGAAAGGAGUCAUCAGACGUUGGGGAAGACGAGUAUGGUACUGAUCAGCAGAGAAAGUCAGCUCAUGGGCAACUUGGAUCACCUCAAGGUCCUCGUCCAGACAGCAGUAGGCACCCUCAGUCCAGCCAACAACAGCCUUUGCACUCAGGCUCUGGGGAAUCUCCAGAGAGAUCACGAGUCCACCCUGAAUCCAGUGAGGAAGAACACUCAGUAGUCUCACACAGACAUUCUGGAUCCAGACAAAGUCAGGCAGAACAUCAACAGAGAGAGUCAUCUCAUGGGCAACAUGGAUCACCUCAGGUUCCUCGUCAGG